UAAACAAUGGCGUCAAAAUAAGAACUCAUAUAAUUUGGUGAUCGCAUGAAUUUCGUGGGAUUGUUUUUAUAACAAACCAGGUGAUAAAAAAAAGGUACAAUAUUUUCCUAAGGCUGAUAAGCUAGAUAUAGAACAGAGAUAGUCUGUUAAGUGACGUUUACUGACAAUAUGUUGUUCACUGUUCAAUGUGUUUUAGUGGCUACUCUGGCAGUAUUCGCCAGAGCCUACCCCAAUCAAGCAGGCUACGAUCUCAGGGACAGUUUAUACCAAUUGUACCGGGAUGAUGGACCAAGAGAGGCACUUUUAGAAGACAGUCAUUGGCCCAAUGCAGAAAUUAAACUAGGCCAGGUUGGUGGUUUAGCUGUAGCACCUAAUGAUAACCUAGUUGUGUUUCAUCGAGGUAACAGGCGAUGGUCAUGGGACACAUUUAACAGUGAUAACACAUACGCAUUAAAAAGUUUAGGGCCAAUUGUUAAUGAUACGUUGGUUCACAUCGAUACCAAAACUGGUAAAAAGACCAAUAGUCAUGGCAGCAACUUGUUCUACAUGCCUCAUGGACUGACUAUUGAUGCAGAAGGCAACCACUGGUUAACAGAUGUGGCCUUACAUCAAGUGUUCCGAUUCCCACCUGGUGCUAAAUCGGCUGACUUGACUCUUGGUACAGCUUUCAUACCGGGUGAUUCGGAUACCACCUUCUGUAAACCAACAGAUGUGGCAGUGGCUUCUAAUGGAGAUUUCUUUGUUGCUGACGGGUAUUGUAACAGCAGAAUUUUGAAGUUCUCUAAAAAUGGAACUCUGUUGAACAAAUGGGGUCGAAGUCGAGAUAGUGGUGAAGAACUGGUCGAUGACAUGUUUAAAAUACCUCAUAGUCUGUCUCUAAUUGAAAAUCACGAUGUAUUGUGUGUUGCUGACCGUGAAGAUAGAAGGGUUAUAUGUUACAAUGCUGGUAUACAAGAUCCAAGUAAAACCGGUGAACCAACUAUUUAUUUGGUUCAACCAAACGAAAUUGGAAGAGUUUUUGCUAUUGAGUACAGUCCCCUUGAUAAAUUGAUGUAUGCCGUAGUUGAUCCGUCAACCAACAAUCUGAAUGCUCGUGGGUUUGCUAUUGACAUGUCAACAGGACAGAAAUUGCCUUUUGGUAUCAUUGAAAAAUCAGUUGAUUCGCAGCCACACGAUGUAACUGUAUCACCAAACGGAAAUGAUGUAUAUCUUGGUGAUAUUGGUACUCUGGGAAGUCGGGUGUACAGAUUUAGUAACAACCAAAAAAACUAUUUUGGGAAGAGUUUUGGUUGGUUUUGAAAAGACAGGAAAAGAGCAUUCUAAACAACAAUCUAUUGUUCAGGUUGAAGAAGACAAAAUGUCGGUUGUUGUUGGCAUUGUCUUCUAAGGGGAGGUAAUUCAUUGUUUUGUUUUUCUAUUGUCAGUCAUGUUUAAUUUGUUAAAUGUUAAUUUCAAUACAAGAAAGGACAGUACAAGCUUUCUUUCAGACCUAAUAUUAGGCUUUUGUGAAAUAAACAACUGUAAACAUGUGUUAUCCUGCUAUUUUAUUAUGCUAUAAUGUGUCAUCAAGGUCAUCAAGGUCAGCCCUUGAGUCUUAUAAACUUAAUUACUAAAAUGAAAAUCUACGGUGUAUAAUAUGAAAAUAUUGUGAAGUGUUCUUCGGUUGUCUUUGCAUUAUGCUACCAAAUGCCUCAAUUCCGUGCUUAAUAUUGCUAAUGAUAAGCGCUUUGAUGUGCUAAUUAGUAGGUCCAAUAUGUAAAUUUAGUCCGAAUUUAAGUCUUUAAAAAAUCAGACCACAUCACGUAACGCUUUUGUUUUGUGGUCGUGGCUUGUUAAGUAAUGUUAGUUAAGGGAGUAUUUUGUGGUAUAAUGCAUAUAAGCUACCUAUUUGAUAUUGUUAUUUGUCUCUGUUACAACAUCGAAUAUACAGUACACAAGGCCAUGACAUAAAUUGAACCUUUAUAAUUCUGAAAUUGUUAAAUGUUUUGUUAAGCAAUAAAGUUAUAUUUGUGAAAU